UCUCAAAUAUUUUUAUUUGAGUACCUAUUAUGUGUCAGGUACUUACUAAACACCAAAAAUACAAAUCCAGUCAGUUCUGCUGUAACAGGACAUAAACGUUCUCUGAAAACAUUCUGAUAUACAAAACUGUACAAUAAAAAUCUAAAGGCUAAUGGAGAAGAUAAUAAUAGCUAAUAUUUAUAAAGUGCUUACUAUGUGCUGACUUCACAAUUGUUUUCUCCUUUGAUUCUCACAACUAUAGAUGCAGAAACUGAGGCAAAAAGAGGUUAAGAGACUUACCCAGUGUCAUCCAGAUAGAGUGUCAGGCCAGAUUUGAACUUGGGUAUUCCUGCCUAAAGGCUUGAUACAUUUAAAAGGUGAUAGGAACCUAAUAAAAACCAGGAGUAUAGUUUUAUACUAUAUAUAUAUGUAGACAUACAUAUAUAUAUAUAUAUAUACACAUACAUACAUACAUCUUACUCUAUCCUUUACAUAAGUAGGAAACAUAAUCAAUCUCCACCAAGCAGUAGAGUGAAAUUUGAACCAGUAGUUGCUUAUAUUUCAGUAUUUUUAGGCUUUUAAUAAUUAGGCAAUUUAUGUGUGGCAUAUACUGAACUGGGAGUCAGGAAACGUAUCCUAUGUGACCUUUAGUAAUUCCAAGAUGAUGGAAUCAAAUAUCUAGAGCUGGGGCUUCAAAGAAGAGAUUUAAACUUUGGUCUUUUGUCUUCCAAACUCUUGUUCUUUCUCUAUUAGAGGCAGUUAGGAUGUGUAGUAGGGGAGAGAGGGGCAGGGCUGGUAUCAGAACAAACCUAGACUUGGACACUUACUGUUUUGCCCUUGGUCACUCACUUAACUUGUUUAACUCAGUUUCCUCAACUGUAAAACACUGUAGGAUUGUUGUGAAGAUCAAGAGUGAUACCUGGUACUAUAUAAAUGCUAUUAUUAUUUUGGCAGGUAGUGUAGUCUAGUGGACAGAGCCCUGAAGACCUAAAUUCAAAUCUGCUCUCAGAUACUUACUAGCUUUAAGUUAGUUGCUCUGGGCAAAUCACUUCCCCUGUCUGACUCAGUCUCUCCAAGUUUACAGUGGAGAAAAUAAAAAUAGCAUCUACUUCCCUUUUCACUGUCAGUUUUCUCAUUUGUAAACAAUAACUCCCACUUUCAUGGUAUUAUAAAACUUACCGAAUUAAGUAGUAAAAAUCUCUAUUUUGUAGAAAAGGAACCAGAGGUUUAAAAGUAAAUAAGUCAUUUUGUAUUAUCAUUCACCUAACUGGAAUUGAUAUUUGAACUUCCUAAUUAACAAGACCAGGGCUCAUACCCUGUUGUCAAAUGUGGUUUCUCAGAGUUCUAAUAUUUUCUGAUUCUGCUUUAGAUUAAGAUUUUUUGUAGAAAAAGGGCACAAAUUACAUGCAAAAGUUGGUGAGAAAAAACAGCUGAAGAAACCUCACAAGGUCAGGCAGAGCAAGGCCCCUCCCUAAUUUGGUCCCAGGCGCGUGCCCUGACCCGGACCCCUGGGAGAGCGCGCGCGUACGCACGCACGCACGCGGCGCUGAGGAGAUCUCGGAAAGGCAAGCGGCCACGGCGCUGCGAAGCGGGGACGCGCGUGACCAAUGGAGUUGGUGCUUGCCCAAGCGCUACUCUCUCAGAGCCCGGACCCCCGCGCCCUGCUCGGGGCGUUCUGUGUGUGGGAGUCCCCAAUCCCUGCAGAGCGCGUGGAGACGCUACGGUUUCUUCUCCAGCGGCUCGAAGAGGAGCAGGAGCUUGGCAGCAACACAAGCACGCGUCCUGCGACGCUGCUGUUGCAGGAGGCUGUGCGCGAGGUCGCGACGGGCCACCUCGUGCCCUUGCUUCGGGGCCUGCGGGCCAACCUGGUCGGGGUGCCGGCCGAGGAGCCCUCGACUCCUCGCGACCGCCGGCGCCGCGUGCUGAGGGCUGCGGGUGGGGCCCUGCGCUCGUGUGCCCGCCUAUCCGGGGGUCCCCAGCUGGCGGCCGGACUGGUGCAUGAAGCGCUUUGCGACCUGCUCUCCCUGAGGCCUGCUGUAGGCCUGGAGGAGGCAGAGACCCGAGCAGCCUCAGUGGAAUGCGGCCGGCUGGGCGCCGAGGAGGCAGUCGAGGUUCUGGUGGCCUUGGGCCCCUGCUUGCGGCCCCACGAGGACCGAGCGCUGCUGGAACGGCUGGCGCGGGCGGCUUUGGCCGUGGCGCUGGGGAACGAGGAGGAAGAGGAAUCCGGUGGCGAAGAUGGGGCUGCGACGCUGGUGGCGGCACGGCUGCUGCCAGCAAUGGGUAGGAGCAGCGCGGCCGCGCUCCAAGCGCUGUGGGACGGGCUCCUGCCAGAGGAGGAGGAGCCGGAGAAGCUGGACUCUGCGCCACCGGCUUUCCGCGUCAACCGGCGGCUGCUGGUGCUGAGCAACCUGGCAGAGAGGCUGCUGCCCACCCCAGGCGUGGGCGGAGCUUGGGAUGCCCUGGAGGAGGAGAUACCCGAUGCGCGGCGGUGCUCGCGCUUCUGGAGAGCUGUGCAGGACGGCUUGGUGCAAGCUGAUGGGCUGACCCGCAAGAGAGCCCGCUAUCUGCUCCAGAGGGCAGUGGAGGCUUCUGCCGGGUUGGGGGCCGAAUGCAGCAGCGGGGCCACUGAUGCAAACGGUAUAUGGUUCUCAUCUCAAGGACUCAGACGUCAAACUGACCCAGAACCGAGUCUGUUUUGGUGGUCAGAGAAGAAAAAAGAAGAACUCUUGAAAUUUUGGGAAAACUAUAUUUUAAUAAUGGAAACACUUGAAGGAAAUCAGAUACAUGUUAUAAAACCUGUCUUACCAAAGCUCAACAGUUUAUUUGACUGGGCAGUGUCAGAGGAAAAAGCAUGUUGGCUCUUCCAUCCAUCCUGGCAUAUGUGUAUUUAUAAAAGAAUGUUUGAAAGUGAAAGCAAAACCCUGACCAAAGAAGGCAUUAUACACUUUUUGGAGCUCUAUGAAACAAAGGGUCUUCCAGGUGCACCAGGAUUUUCUGAGUUUAUUAUUGGACCACUAAUGGAAGCCCUUUCAGAAAGUUCUUUAUAUAGCAGGUCCCCAGGUCACAAGAUAGGAAGCUGUUCCCCUUUGGGAAUGAAAUUACAGACAUUUUUAGUCACUUAUGUUUCCCUCCUUUCAGAAGACAUAAAGAGUAGUUUCCUAUUGAAAUUUAUUAAGAAGAUGACAAGUAGGCACUGGUGUGCUGUUCCCAUUUUAUUCCUGUCCCGGGCUCUGGCACAUAUCCCAAGAUGUAAAGUGCUUGGGGUGGAAGGCCUUCUUGCUCUCAGGGAUGUUCUUCAGUGUACUAUGAUCACACAUCAGAUUCUUUUAAGGGGAGCAGCUCAGUGCUAUCUUCUUCAAACAGCUAUGAAUUUGAUUGAUGUGGAAAAGGUGUCAUUUUCAGAUGUCUCAAAUUUCCUCAUGUCCUUGAGACAAGAGGAAUCCUUAGGCAGAGGUACUGCACUGUGGACAGAGCUCUGUGACUGGUUGCGGGUUAAUGAGAACUACUUUGGAGAAAUCCGCAAUUGCAUUGACUUUUCUGGCAGGAGUUCCUUAAAUGUGUAUGUACAGAGCCUAGUGCAAGACUAUAUUAAAUCACCUACCUUGGAAACAGGAGGAAAUUGCUUUAUGCCUGAUUGGUACGAAGCUAAACUUGUUGCUCUGAUGAUCCUGCUUGCUGCAGAUGUGGAGGAAAUGAAAAAUAAAUAUAGUGAAAGGAAGAAAACACAAAAUGAAUUAAAGGUUUUCUUGCAUCCUCUUAUGGAUUCCCUUAUGAAGCUUGGUACAAAUGCUUAUAUACCCUUGCUGAAAACAGACAAAUGCUUACAGUUGUUGUUGAAAUUAUUACACACUUCUUCACUGAAAAAUCCCCAAACACAAGAUGAUGGGGUGUUAACUCUUCUUCAGAAUUCUGUCAUGUGUACUACAGAAAGUAUUUUUGAAUUUAUUGUCAGAAGACUGACAGCCAGUGAACUGAAAACUGUUUCAGAUCUAGAACGUUGUCACUUAUACUUAACAAUAUUAAAUGAACUUGUGAAUUUACAUGGAAAGGUUGGUUGGAAAAACAAUAACUCCAUUUGGAGAUUCAUCUCUCUUUUAAAAAAUGCAUCCAUUCUACAUCUUCAGGAUGUCAAUAAUGAAAAGGAACCAAUACUUGGUAAACAGAUUCAGAAAGUAGUUAGUAUGGAAUGUUUGGCAAUGGUCUGUGGGAUCCUCACCCAGAAGUCAGGUCUGCAUCUUGAUUCCCUAGAUAUUGGAAUUCUGGAAAGAUUCAUUUCUUCUUUUCACCUCAACCAGAUAGUAAGAAAGCCACAUGCUGAGGAACAAAACAGUUUGUUUGAAGAAUCAUCUUCUUCCCAGGGAUGGGGGAGAAUAGUUGCACAAUAUGUUCAUGAUCAGUGGCUCUGCCUCUCAUUCCUAUUAAACAAAUAUCAUACUUUUAUACCAAACAUGGAGGGAGAGAUGCUGGAACCCUUUCUGCAUGUUGUUUCAAAGCCAGUAAGCACUUUGCAGUCUGCGUUAGAAGCCCUCACAAUUCUUCCUUCUGAUCAAGUUUUACCAGUGUUUCAUUGCAUGAAAAUACUGGUUCCUAAACUUCUUUGCUCCUCUGAAUCACUCUGCAUUGAGUCUUUUGAUAUGGCUUGGAAAAUUAUUUAUUCUUUGAGCAACACACAACUGAUAUUCUGGUCUAAUUUAAAAGCUUUUGUCCAGUUUGUCUUUGAUAUCAGAGUUCUUACUGUGGCUGCCAGAACCAAGGGCCGGGCAUAUUCAAAAAUAAAGGAGAUUAUACAUAAGAUAAUUGAAAUGUCUACAACAAAGACUGGGGUUUUCAAUAUACUCAUAAAUUAUUGCUGUCAAUCUUGGAUAGUUCCUACUUCAGAUGAUUUGACUCUGUCCCAAGAUCACUUCUUCAAUGCUAGAGAUUAUAUUGAACUUAUUAUUGAGGGUUGCAUCUUUGGAAACGUGUUUAGGCGAGAUCAGAGGCUUAUACAGGAUGUACAAGCCUUCAUAGAAAAUCUUGGACAUGAAUGUGCAGCAAAUAUUGUCACAGAAAAUACCAACAGAGAUGACCAUUAUGUGAGAAUUUGUGCUAUCAAAUUUCUUUGUUUAUUGGAUGGAUCAAAUAUUUCACACAAGAUGUUUAUAGAAGAUCUUGCAGUCAAGCUACUAGAUAAAGAUGUUCUGGUAUCCAGGUCUAAAGCGCGUUACUAUGUGAAUUCUUUGCAACAUAGAGUAAAAAAUAGAGUAUGGCAGGCUCUGCUUGUACUCUUUCCCAAAUUUGACCAGAUCUUCUUGGAUAAGAUUAUUGGCAAGAUUUUUGAAGCAGGAUUUGUCAAUAACCAAGCAUCCAUAAAAUAUUUAGUAGAAUGGAUUAUUAUAUUGAUUCUUCAUAAAUUUCCCCAGUUUCUUCCAAAAUUCUGGAAUUGUUUUUGUUAUGGUGAAGAAAAGCUCAAAAUGAGUAUCUGCACAUUUUUAUCAGUUUUGUCACAUUUGGAUAUCAUUAUUCAGAAUAUACCUGAUAUGAAACCAGUUCUAAAACAGGCUCUUACUGUUGUACUGCAGUGGUGUUUCAACCAUAAUUUUAGUGUUCGACUUUAUGCUUUAUUAGCUCUUAAGAAAAUCUGGGCUUUGUGCAAAACUUUGCAUGUAGAGGAGUUUGAUGCUUUGACUGCUGUUAUAGAAUCCAGCCUUCAUCAAGUGGAAAACAUGCAUGGAGCAGGGAAUGCCAAAAAGAAUUGGCAAAGAAUUCAAGAGCAUUUCUUUUUUGCAAAGUUCCAUCCACUUAAGGAUUAUAGCCUAGAGACCAUAUUUUAUACCCUUCCACGCCUUUCAGAACUUGUUGAAGAUGAGUGGAUCACUAUUGGUAAAUUUAUAAAAUUCACUGACAUUCCGAUAGAUUCAGCAUUUCAGUGGUACCUUUCUCAAACUGAACUUUGUGAACUAAAACCAAGUGACUGGUCUCAGCAAGAUAUAGGUUCCAAUUCAGUUGAUGAAGACAAUCAGUCAGAGUGGAUUGAUGUUCAAAAGAAAAUGAUCCCUUGGAAAAAUAAUGUUCCUGAUUUAGAACUCGAAUUGAUAUUUCCAGAUCGUGCUGCCAAACUUGGAAAAUCCAUUAGUAGAUUGAUUGUAGUAGCUUCACUCAUUGAUAAACCAACCAAUUUAGGAGGUUUGUGCCGGACCUGUGAAAUAUUUGGGGCCUCAGCUCUAGUAGUAGGUAGUCUUCACUGUAUCAAUGAUAAGCAAUUUCAACAUCUCAGUGUUUCUGCAGAACAGUGGCUUCCUCUGGUGGAGGUAAAACCACUUCAGCUUGUUGAUUACUUACAAAAGAAAAAAACAGAAGGCUAUACUACCAUAGGUGUAGAACAAACUGCCAAAAGUUCAGACUUAACAGAAUAUUGUUUUCCUGAGAAAUCUCUGCUCUUAUUGGGAAAUGAACGUGAGGGAAUUCCAGCAAACCUAAUUCAGCAUUUGGAUGUAUGUGUGGAAAUUCCUCAGCAUGGCAUCAUACGUUCCCUUAAUGUUCAUGUGAGUGGAGCUCUGCUGAUUUGGGAGUAUACAAGGCAACAGAUAAUCAAGCAAAGAGAUAUAAAGUGAUUACAAGAAGAGAAAGUUUUGUGCCUUAUCGAAACUAAAUGGUGCUUUUCAGAUAUAUUUUAAAUCUCUGUAUCACAUAUGGAAUAGGCUAAACUUUUAUUGAGAAUAAUUUUGUAUUGAGUUUUUUGACAUAAUAUAUUUAUUUUAAUGCUUUAAAAUAUUAAAUAUAAGUUCAUAAAAAGCAA